ACUGCGGAGCUUCACUGAAAACUGCGCUGCGUAAUCCACACAUGAGCCUCUGUUUCAUAGCCUACAUGUUGCUUCAUAUUUGUUAACCGUUUCAACAGUGCAAAAUACUGACUAUAGGUUACUUGGGUUAGGCUAUGUAAAUUUCAAGUGAAACAAAAAAAAAUAUGAAACCUAAUCAUUGACAGCAAUCAGACAGGGACAAAACAGCUUCACCUUCAACACAUCCGGAAAGAGUCAUCUUACAGUCUGGACUGUAAAUUAUAUACAAUUACUCUAAGAAUGCCUCUGACAGUGUCUCAAGGAGAGGGAAUGAUGGUCAUCACCAUCCCCUCAAACCCAAAGAGCAAAUGGCCCAUAAUGUGCCAGAUUCUGAGUUCUCUGUGCUAUGGUCCAGUAUGUUUUGCAUCUGAGGAUAUGAAAGAGAAGUUGACAGACACCCAGAGAGUUACUGGGAUUGUACAGAUAGUAGUUGCAGUCAUGAAUCUUGUGUUGGGUUGUUUUGGCAUCAUCUUCUUUAUUAUUACCACUUCGGUCAACAGUAUGGUGUUGUCGGUUCUUCAGCUCUGUGUGGUUGUCAGUUUCUGUAUUUUGACCAUAAAAUCUUUGUGCAAGAAGGGUGGGAGUGCAGAGUUAGUGGGCAAAACAACUAAAGUAUCUAGAAGUGGAAUAAGCCAGUAUUCACUUCCGUUUGGUUGCAGCUGUAGCAUGACCCUUGCAUCGUCUCAGGAUAUGAAAGAUAAGCUGACAGACAUUCACACAGCACUUGGGAGUGUACAGAUAAUGGUUGGCGUCAUGAAUAUCACAAUGGGUUGUUUUGGCUUCAUCUUUUCUUUUUGUAUCGGUGGUGUGUUCCUUGUUGUUGGUAUUAUGUGUGUUCUUGCAGUGAAGUUUUCCCGUCCUAAGCUGCUGGUCAUCACAGUGAUUCUGAAUGUAGUCAGUGCUGCACUGGCUAUCACAGCUGCUGUGCUGUAUUCACUGGACCUAGCAAUGGGAAGCAGUUCAAGCUGUUACAGAGAACAUGAUUAUUAUUCAUCUAAUAAUGACUGGUUUACCCAUAAAAUGAGUGUCUUUGAUCCCUGUUUUUACUACAAGAAUCUCAGUCAGGUGAUCCGCGGAGGACUAGAUAUCACGAUGAUAGUGCUGUCGGUCCUUCAGCUCUGUGUGACCAUCAGUUUCUGUGUUGUGACUGGGAAAGCUUUGUGGAAGAAGGAUGAAGAUGUAAAGUCGGUGGAGGAUCCAGAACUUCACAAGCCGCUGCAGGAAGACGCCACUGCUGGUGCUGUGUGACACAGAUAAAGAGAAACACACAAAUUUACAAAGUUAUUAUUUUUCCUUGUAAUGAAAUGGCAUUUUGUCUCUCAUUUUAAUAGUGAAAUAAUGUCACUGUAGUACAAUAUUCAUAUCCAAGCUACAUCUUCAUUCUUGCCUUUUCACCACCAGAACCAGCAGAUAAAUGCUUAAUAAAUAUCUAAUGACAGUGCACAGGUAAAAUGACCCAACGGGCUGAACCCAGCAUUUUUAAAAGUGUAUAUUUAGCAAUUAAUAUGGCUGUUAUGGAUUCCUGCGCCAUAUAUCACUUCAAAAUUAUGGCUUGGGUACAUAGUUUAUAAUUUAUUCAUUAUUUUUAUUAUUAUUAUUAUUUUUUUUACUACGGAAUGGCCCUACAAACCUACAUCUCACAGCUGAGGUUGAUUCAUUGUCUCCAGUCUAACAAACCUUCACAUAAUACUGAAUGUGUGCAUGCUUUUCCAAAUGUACUAUAAAAUGCCUUUCUCUUUAGUUGUAUCAGAACUAGAAACAACUGCUUUGUGAUUGAUUCACUGCUUUUCUACUUUCCUAUUGAUUGCCUUUAUAUGGAACCCCAUAAGCUCGAAAAUUAAAGUAAAAGAUGUAUUUGCUAAAAUUAUUUUCAAUAUUACAUUGACACUUGACUUUAAUCCCCCUGUAAUUCAAGGGAAGAAGCCUGUGUAAACAUUUCAGUCACUGCGUGCCAGAGGUGGAUGAGGAUUUUUACCCCAGGUUAAAUAUAGCUUGUGAUGUUGAAGAUUCUCUGGGCUGUCCCAAGAUGGGAUGCUGGGGCAAAAUACAAUUUUUGUUGUUGUUUGGUUGUAUUGUACUGUACAGUACAUUAAGUUAUAACACAUGUUGAAAUGUAUACAUUUUUUUGUCUUUUGUUGUGUGAAAAUAUUUGUGAGGGGGAGAACCCCAAGCAACAUAACUUAUUAUCGGUUUUUGUAGUAUUGUUUUGAAUUUAUCUCACCAGUGUACACUUAAAAAUAAAGGUGUUUCAAAAGGUUCUUCACAGUGAUGCCAUAGAAGAACCAUUUUCAGUUCCACAAAGACAAAUUCAGUCAAAGGUCCUUUAAAGAACCAUCUCUUUCUUACCUUUUUAUAAUCUGAAGAACCUUCUUUCACCACGAAGAACCAUUUUGUGAAACAAAAAGUUUCUUCAGAUGUUAAAGGUUCUUUUUGGAACCAUUUAGACAAAAAGGUUCUUCUGCAUCGUGAAGCACCUUUAUUUUUAAGAGUGUAUAAAACUUCAUUUUGAUUUGAAAAUAUGAAAUUUGGGGAAUUGGGUGAGAAGUUAGAUGUUAGAGGGAAAGACUUAGUAUUUAAUGCUUUUAUGUUUGAUGGACUUUUUGUGGUUACCAUGUGACCAUAGUGUUUGUGGUUAUAGGCCGUGGCUGGCUAACAUAAGUGCAAACUAUGAUAUAUGUUGCUGUCAAUGAGUAAUAACUGUGAUAAAAAAAAUUCUCACUUAUUCAUUAAUGUACCAAAAAUUGCAUUUCACAAUUCUGUUAUUAAUGCACCCAGUAAUGCUGUCUACACAUAUAUCACUGUUAUAUUAUGUUUUAUUUGUUAUACUUAAUGCUCUUCAGCAAAUACAUCAGAAACAUACAUUUUACCACGUUUAUGAAACCCUCUGCAGU